CCUCCCAUGUCCAGGCCGCAGCGCAGGCCACAUACAAGAUAGAUACGGUAACGAACGACAGCGACGGCCACCUCCCAUUCACCCACCCACACACACACACACCGACACAUACACCGACACCGAGACGACGAAACAUGCGUCCCGUAUAGCAGCAAUGAUCCGGCACCAUGCAACCACGACCUCCACCUCCACCUCCCCUCCCACCCCUUCCACCACCGUCGGCCCUUCACCCCCCCCACCAGACGACACCGUCCUAACCGACCUCCGCACCCUGGCGCUAAUCCGGCGCGUUCUCUGCACGCACUCGCCUCCGACGCGAGCACUGGACGAGCUCCUCCCCGCGCUGACGAGCAGCGCCGAGACGGACGUGGAGCUGUACGCGCUGGUGGCGAUUGUCGCGCGCGACUACGUGUUCUCGUGGUAUGCGGCGCUGUCGAACGAUAGCGCGUUUGGACUUGAGGUCGUCGCGUUGAUUGCACAUCUCACCAGGGGCGUCGAGGAGAGGGUUAGGAAGUUGGAUUUGGAGGGGUUGUUGCUUGAUGAGGUCCCUGCGGUCGUCGAGGCGCAUGUGGCAGAUUAUAGGAGGGCGGUUGAGCGAAAGGAUACGGCUCUGGCGCCGCAGAUGGACCUGGCAGAGAUCUUUCGGAGUUAUCAACCGCAUCCGGCGUUCGCGAACGGUGCGGAGAGUGAGCGGCAGUAUCUACAGUUGCUUUCGAACGGCUUGCUUGCGGUGCUCCUUCCGAACGAGGACCUGGAUAGCGACUGCGAGCGCUCGCUGCUGCGAGAGAUACUUGCGUCGCUGGUGUUCGGGGGCAUGCUCGAUAAGCUCAGCGAGCCAUUCAUGCUCUACGAAAUCAUCACUACGCUGGUCCGGAAGCUACAGCCCGACCUCGCGCCGCUCGACCCACCGUCCGUCGUCACGUCCCGCAGAAGCUCCGUCAAGCCCGGAGCCGUGCGCAUAGAAACACCCCCGCCAGGCCCACCGUCGCCGCCUCCCGCGCCCCCGGGAGGCCUCGAGCGCACAUUCACCAUCGUCGCCAGCGCCGUGAGCACCAUCUACAGCGUCCUCGCCUCACUACACCACCUCCUACUCAACCCCCUCCCCCCUCGCCCGCCAAAGCGGCGCACCCUAAUCCGCAGCGCACUCCCGACGUGUCUCUCUACGCUGCUCAACUUCCGGUCGCUGCAACCGUGGCUGCCCUCUGCCAUCCGACUUCUCACCAAGCCCUUCGAGUCGCGCAACACGUUCCUCGGCACGCUCCUCGACGACCUACUGAUCAGCAAGCUGACGCCGCACCUCACCUCGCCGCAAAUCCUCAUCGACAUCCUCCGAUCCGCGCGGGCCACGCUUUUUCCCGGGAACAUGCCCGCACCCCCGAGGAAAUACCCCUCCGAGAAGGAGAAGAAGCGCAUUCGCACCGUUGCCGAGUAUACGCUCCUCGCCGCGUUCCCAGAGGUUGUCACCAAAGUCUGGUGGGGCGCAAGGGAGAAGAAGGAUAUGGCCAGGCUGGUCGGGAAACACUGGCUCGACCCAUUCGCGGAUAAGGACGUGAAUAAGGUGCUCAUCGUGAGACUGCUCGAUCUGAUCGUUGGACGGCUGCUGCCUGAGUUGCUGGUUAGUGGUGGGGUAAAGCUGAGGGGGGUUAGGUCUGGUGAUGGUGAUAGUCCCUCCGAAGAGAGCCCCGAGGAGAGCCCCGAGGAGGGCGGGAAGGAGGAGAAGCUGCUGCGGGGGGAGAAGCGGCUCCAUGGUGGGAAAGUGCUCGUCGUUAGGGCGUAGUGUUGCUUUGAUAUGCGUCAUCUGCAUUGCAUACUUGCUUCUAGGUACUGGUGAUUUGUCGUGUGGAGUUUGGGCG